UUUUCGUGCAACAAGGAUGUUAGUUUACGACGAGAUUUUGAAUCCGAAGGAUGCAAAGAAGCGUGUUGGUGGAGCUUUGCUAGCUGUGAACUGGAUCGGUGCGUGAGAGCGAAAACAGCUUCCAUGGAAACUGUUUAUGUCAAACUAGUGCUGCUGUAGCUGCUUGUAUCCGCGGUCGCUCUGACCGAGGAAUUUGUUGCUUUACGUGACCGACAAUCUAGGGGUUGGAUGUCGCCGGUGGAAAACUAAACAGUAAGAAGAAAGUGAAGCGGAAGCCAGAGAAAAUUGUAUGAGAGCGUGCAGUGUAAUGUGAUGACGAUGUGAUAAUUAUUUGGCGGGGGUCUGUGAUGCUAAACCGAAACGAGAAUUAUCCUAGUCGGAAGUGAAGCUUGUGACAGAAUGAAAAUGGAAAUUUAAUAGCAGUAUUGUAUCGCUUGUGACCUCGACCUACUGAAACAUCACUGUGUAGAUAGGUGACAGCAGAAACAAUCGGAUGUCUCGAGUGCUCAUCAGCUAGGAGGGGGAACAAAUAUUUUACUUGCGUGACAUAAAGUUCGAACUAGGGCCAAUAGCAGUGCGCUACGGCAGUUUUUUGGUGCUUCGAGCUGGAACAUAAUUUCACUGUGGUGCAUGAUCGAUUGUGUACAAACGACACGCACGAAAUACCGAACGGUUAUCCGAGGCUCGCACUGAUUUCUGCUGCUCCAAAUAUUAUGAGAACGUAGAAUGUAUACGCAUUAAUCUGGAUUUAUUAAUGCCGGAAUUUGCCGCAAGCAGACCCAUUUGCACGGUCCGGGUUCCUGAUUCGCGUGGGCCACGGUUCGGAGAAUCAGAUUAUACCACCAAAUCACCACCUUUCUGAACGAGAGAAAACAGCAAAGUUCGAGUGCUGGUCCACCUUCACGGCUCCGACACACGAUAGCAUUGGGAGUUGGAAAACGAACUGACAUAGCGCACCAAACGGAGCAAAAAAGAUUCUUUUGAUACUCUUCGUUAACGGGCUCAAGCAGAACUGAACAAAGCUGGGAAAGGAUUAGUCAACUGAACUGUAAAACUUGCAGAGAAACCACCUCUAGCAAAAUGUGCUCCUGCUUCCGAGCUUGAGUUUAGCUCUUUAUACACUGUACUCGCACAGACGCAGUCAGGAGAGGAAAAGUUCUCCUCCUAAUACCAUCAGUAAAUUCUAACAAAUUCACAUUGAUCCUGACGAUCCUAACAGAAGCGUGAACACAGACACUACUGGACAGCUCUUCUAACAUCGAUGUGAACGACAACAACGAUGAGCUUGACGACACUCGUGCUACAAGCUGCAGUUGCGAUUUUAAAAAGCAAAACGGUGUAUUGACGCACCUCGGCCUCGACGGGCACGUUUCAGGUCUAAUAUGGAUAGCAUGGACUUGGAAUGAAACCAAACCAGCAACAGUGGUGCGCCCGCUACUGUCACCGGCAAAUUGCGACCACGACAGCAAUACGGUUGCGAAUGGUCAGCUAAACCGAAACUUUUGCCGCACUAUCAAUUCCGUGGGUGAAAAUCGGUGCACCAACCGAGCGUAGUCACGAGUUUUCGUGGCUGCACUAAUGUUAGAGACUCGGGCCUGCUAUCGGCGGCAUCUAGUGCGUAUCUGUGACCGCUCGCGAGCGCAACCGAAAGCGCAUUACAUCUAAUGAUGUAUCUACAGUGCAGGUAAGGAUGCACUGCCUGUGGCGCACUAUUAGUGCUACUUUUCGUCUGGUGUUAAAGGAUAAAUUUAAUUUCAUCCACCGGUAAAAAGGAGAUUGGCGUUGACGUUCCAUUCCUGCGAACAUUCGUAUGCACAAUAAACGUUCAGAAGUCAGAAAUAGAUUGAAAAUCCUUGUAGAACUGUCGCUUUAUCCAGGAGCCGAAGCGUGAAGUGAGUGUGUGACUAAAAUGCAAAGCAACGGAGUGCCAGUGAAGCUGGUGAGUGAAAAGUGUUGUUCAUGUAAGCUGAAUCUACAUAAAAAUCGAAUCAUGAGGAACACCAAUAGUGCUACAGUUGUCCCUCGUUCGGAUUCACCCCGGCACGCGCUGAUUCUGUGGUCGAUUUCUGUGCUACCCACGCUCGCUGGUAGCAGCUAAAGGGCCAAAGAGCGAAUCCGAGUGGUACGAAGAAAACAUCCAGUAUGAACGAACAUCCUUUCAUGUUUAAGUGGAAGCAAACAGCGUGGUCUGGUGGCAAUCAGUGGAUCGGAUAAAUUGUUUUCAUAGUUCUACCGAAGCAGGAAAGCCGGUGAAGUCGGGGAGAGUGAACUGUUGUAUGCAUAUAUCCAACCUAGCAUAUCAAGUAGGAAGAAAGCGAGAAGGGAAAAAAUCACAAGUCAAUAUCAACAACUCCCACUGGUACCGGACCGUGCAGGAUUCUCGCCGAGUAAGCCAACAAUGGAGAUUGUUUACAUGCAAAUUGUGAUGGUACUCACACUAUUCGUGGAAUGCCUGCUCGGAUCCCAGUCUACUGCUCUCCAAGAAAUCAACCUGCAACAGGUACCAGCCGAGCCGGAACCGGAGUUUGAGGGCACCAUCCAGAACGUAACUUUUCCGGCCGGACGGGAAGCUGUACUGACGUGUUCGGUGAAAAAUCUUGGCCGAUACAAAGUCGGUUGGCUGCGUGCCUCCGACCAAAUGGUACUUGCACUGGAGGGUCGCGUGGUGACGCACAACUCGAGGGUGAGCGUGGUGCAUGAGGACAAGCGUACCUGGCGGCUGCGGAUACGGCAGCUGCGUGAAUCGGACCGCGGCUGCUAUAUGUGCCAGAUCAACGCUAGCCCGAUGAAGAAACAAAUUGGAUGCAUCGAUGUGCAAGUCCCUCCGGACAUAAUCAACGAGGAGUCAUCCGCAGACAUCGCCGUUCAGGAGGGCGAAGAUGCGACCAUUGUGUGCCGUGCGGUGGGCCAUCCCACGCCUCGCGUCACCUGGAAGCGGGAAGACGGCGAAUAUAUGCUGCUAAGGAAACCACAAAGCAGAGAGCUGAUUAGAGUGGAAGCUUACAAUGGAACACACCUGCAUCUCCAGAAGUUGGAACGAAGACAAAUGGGAGCCUACCUAUGUAUAGCAUCCAACGAUGUUCCACCUGCUGUUAGUAAGCGGGUCUCGCUGAGUGUUCAUUUUGCGCCAUCAGUGCGUCCAACAAGUCAACUGCUGGGAGCCCCACUAGGCUCGGAUGUCCAGCUGGAGUGCUCUGUGGAAGCUUCGCCAAUGCCGGUGUCCUACUGGCUGAAAGGAGGCCGCGUACUGCCUAGCAAUUUCGCCGGCUCUAUCAACAGCAAUUACGAGCAGGGUCAAACGAGACCGGAAAUGCUUCUGGACGGGCCCAAAUACGGAAUCACCGAGGAGCGACACGGAUUCCGAACGAAUAUGCGCCUGGUGGUGCGAUUCUUUUCGCCGAACGACGUUGGCACCUAUCACUGUGCUAGCUCCAAUUCACUGGGGCGAGCGGACGGAACGAUGAGACUGUAUGAAAUAAAAAUUCAUCCGGGCGGAGUACAAACAAGCGACGAUCAAUUAAAUAUAAUUGGAGGUCUUGCUGAGGCCGCCCGAGGUCGGGGCAACUCGAGUGCCAAUUCAUUAGUGCCCGGUGGCAACUCGCUGCACUUUGCACUCGUCUUCGCCGUACUAUCGAUGCUCCUGUCACUGACUUCGACUAUCAGAUGACAACACUAGCUGCGGCCAGGAUAAGCCGAACUCUACAUCUCAGGCACCGCCAGCGGUGCUACGCUGCAGAUCCCUACCGGCAGGGAUACACGUCACGGGUCCGGUCCGGCCUGAAUAGAAACCGGUUGCUCGUAUGAGCGAAUGAGUAAUUUGACCCAAAAUUGAAUGAAACCAAAUCGUUUAGUCGAUUGUGGAUGUUUGCGGAAAUAGUGAUUAUUGAAUGAUUCCUGGUGUGCGUGCGUAACUGAGGUCAUUACCCGUAACCAUAGAGAAUAACUUGCGAAACAAUAAGAUUGAAAUUUGGUAGUAUUAUUAUAAUCUAUUAAUGAUAGCUUAAAUAAUAAUAAUAAAAAAUAACACACACAAUCUAUUCUCCUUCUCUGUGCGUAAAAAGUGAUUGCCAAAUAAUGCCGCUUGUAGUGAUUGAAAUGGCCCUAAUCAGCCAGAUCAAAUGUAAAUUGUAAAAAAAACUUAAGGUACCAUACACACACAGAUGAAAUGCUUCAACGCUCAUAUCUCUAGAAAUUAUUCAUACACAUCAACGAAACGGAGGUAAAAAGUUAAGUUAAAUUCGAAAGCAUAAUCAGCUGGAAAUGGUAGACUGAAAAUUGAGUGUGGCGCAUAGAAAGAGGGAAGUCAAACAAGCGGAUUUUAAAGGAUUAUAAAAUGGCUAAGUGAAAGAAGCGUAAAUGGAGUUGGGGCGAGAGUGGAGCGAGAAGACGGCUGCAAUGCUUUCAUUAUCCUCUAUCGUCCUACCAGCAAGCAGCCUUUGCUCUGACAACGUGGUGGCGGUGUCAGUGAUGGCUGCAGACGUUUUUAAAGCACUAUAAUGGUGUUGAAUGAUGAAACUCUGAAUCAACUUUGAUUAUAAUGCAUCCAUCAAAAUGCAAUAAAGUUUGUUAUUGCAAGUGAGGAUAAGCACACCAAAAGUGCCGGCAUGCAAAGUUGGUUGGUACUAGUAGUAAAGUGGUGCAAUGUGCAGGGAGAUGAAAAAACUCUAGGAAAAAAUGCUUUUCUUUGUAUGAAUCCGAUCAUAGGAAAAGAUUUCACGAAGGUUUUCUUGCGCCCACUCAAGCUGCUUCUCUUAAAGCAGCAUCAGUUAUUGCAAUUAAAUGGCGUAAAAACAUACUGAGAUUGACGAAAAUGCUCACUGUAAAAAUUCUUGAUAGCUUUGACGAUGAAACGUUCUGUUGAAAUCUAUGCUGAUAAGUAAGUCUACGUUAAGGUUCUAUAGUAAAUGAAAAACCAAAAGUAUAUUUAUUUCUCAUAUUUUGUAGUGAUGUUUGAGGAAACGAGAAUAAAUUAUUUUAAUAAUCACGGUA